AAAUUUUCCUCUACUGUAAAUCGUUGACAAGUUGAAUUAUUUUUUGAGACAUGAUCGAUGUUAAUGUUUGACUUGGUUGAGAUUAUAGUAUUUUAAAAAUUUUUCAGUUUGAUGCUCGUUAAUGUAAUUUUUUCACCUUGAUCAUUGUUUCAUUUGUAUUAUUUAUCAUCGUAUUGUUUACGUUUCAUUGAACAAAGAUUUUUUUUUUUUAAAUUUGCAACAGCGUCGUAACAGUCAGAUUUAAAUUUUUAUUCAUUAAUUCACCUCGCACGUUUCGCCUACCUACUAAAGCUGGCUUCUACAACAAAACACUCUGCUGAUGAAUAAUGCUUCUAUCUGUCUGUCGUCAUACGUUCAGUCAAAAUAAAUCAAAGUUGAUUUUUUAAAAAUUGUUUACGGAUAAGAAAUAGUGCUUUGAACGUGGACUUAUUCGUUGGUCAGUUCGAAGAAUAAACAUGAUAACAAGAUGGAAAAUUUGUUUACUGCAUUUGCUCGUCCUGGUAAAUUUUUUAUACAACGAAGUCGAAGCUCAAAACUGCAUCCCAAGGAAAUACUCGUUCGAUAGCACGGUCUGUGUCUGUAAUUCGACAUAUUGCGAUGUCACUCCGAAAGUACGAGCUCCUCUGCCUGGAAAUUUCAUCUUGUAUACUUCAUCUCGAGAUGGACUACGAUUCGAGAAAUCGUUGGGCACUUUUAAAUCGAAAAUCACAGCUACGAGAGCCACUUUACGAGUGAAUAGGAAUCAAACGUAUCAAGAAUUUAUCGGAUUUGGAGCUGCUUUCACCGAUUCAUCGGGUUAUAAUAUUCUAUCGUUGUCUCCAGCUGCGCAGGAUUUAUUACUCAAAUCGUACUUUUCGUCUGAUGGAAAUGAGUAUACAAUGGGUAGAGUUCCUAUCGGUGGUACUGAUUUUUCACUUCGUGGGUAUACCUAUCAAGAUAACGAUACAGAUGCGAAUUUAAAAUCAUUUAAUUUGACAAUGGAAGAUUAUAAAUAUAAAAUUCCGUUGAUCAAACAAGCCGAAACUAUAACGAACAGAUCUCUGAAACUGAUCGCUUCCUGUUGGUCUCCUCCAGCUUGGAUGAAAACUAAUCGCCAGUUGACAGGGUUUGGUACUUUGAAAGAAGAAUAUUACAGAGCUUACGCUAACUACCAUGUAAAAUUUUUCGACGAAUACAUAAAGCAAGAUCUGAAAUUCUGGUGCGUUACAACUGGAAACGAACCAUCGAGCGGUAUCUCACCUAUAAAUAAAAUAAACGCCCUCGGAUGGACUCCGGUAGGUCAGACGAAAUGGAUCGGUCAGCAUUUUGGACCAAUGAUGAGAUCAUCGUAUCCGAACACGUGUAUUAUGGCCAUUGAUGAUCAAAGGUUUUCCUUUCCUUGGUGGGUUACUUGGAUCAUGAAAGAUAAAACUGCAUCUCAGUAUAUAAACGGUACCGGAGUUCAUUGGUAUUGGGACUUUGUCGUAUCUCCCACUGUUCUAACGACGACUCAUAAUCUGUAUCCGAAUUUAUUCAUAUUGAGUACAGAAUCGAGUUAUGGUGAUAAGCCAUGGGAGUUGGAUAAAGUAGCUUUGGGAGCCUGGAACAGAGGCGAAGAAUAUGCUCAAGAUAUGAUAAUUAGCUUUAAUAACUGGGUGACCGGUUGGAUAGAUUGGAAUUUCGCCUUGAACGAAAAAGGUGGUCCGAACUGGGUUAAUAAUUUCGUAGACGCUGCCAUCAUUGUGAAUAAAACAGCCGAUGAGUUUUACAAGCAACCGAUGUUUUACGCGUUGGGCCAUUUCUCCAAGUUCAUUUUGCCCGGAUCUGUCAGAAUUAACACGUCUUCCUCUCUUCUUAAUCCUAUCGAAGCUGUAUCUGUGAAGAGACCAGAUGAUAGCAUAGCUGUGAUACUUUUAAACAGGAGAUCUUUCGACGUUCAACUUACGUUUAUCGACAACGAUAGAGGAUCAGCGUUGAUCAAUGUUCCCAAACGUUCGAUUAUUUCGAUGAUUUAUCGAUAGAAUAUGCCAGAGAUGAAUUUAUUUCAAUUUCUUGCCAUCGUAAGACUGUAAAUAUUUUAUAUCGUAAUUAUAAUGGUUUAUAUACUCUUUUUUUUUAUUAAAAAAAUAUUUGUUUUUCAA